AUGAAAAUUUUCUUUUUCAUUACCCUUUUAGUUGUUGUACUUGCAGAAGUUGAUAAUACAACUCAAGAAGACAAAAGGUCAUUUGAAAUAUUCACAUUAAAUAAUAAUUUUUAUGGAAAUUUCAUUGACCAUGAAGACAUGGUUUUUGUAAAAUAUUAUGCACCAUGGUGUGGUCAUUGUAAAGCGUUAAAACCAAUUUAUGAAAAUUUAGCUAAAGAAUUAUACAAUAAAUUAAAAUUUGCAGAAGUAAAUUGUGAAGAAUCAAAGGAAAUUUGUGAGAAAGAAGGAAUUGAAGGAUAUCCAACAUUAAUUCUUUUCCGUAAAGGAAGGUCUAAGAAGGUUUAUGGUGGAGAAAGAAAUAUUGAAGCCAUGAAAAAAUUCCUUGAAAAUGAAUCACUUCCACCUAUAAUUGAAAGUACUAAAGAAGCAAUAGAAGAAUUAAAGAAAAAAGAAAAUUCAUUUGUUAUUAUUAAGAGUGAAGCUGAUGACCAAAUUAGAAAUAAAUUAGUUGAAUUAGUUGAUGAAUUAGAUUAUCUUCAUUUCUAUGCUCUUAAUACUGAAAUGGAUAAUUUUGAAAUAUCUGUUUAUAAUGGUGAUUCUAAAGAAUUAUUUACUUAUGAAGCCACUACUUUAGAUAAAUUUAAUGGUACUGAAUUCAUUGAUUGGGCUAAUACUAAAACAUUCCCAUUGUUCCAUCAAGUUAAUAUGCCAUUAUUUAGAAGAAUUGAAAAUCUUCCAGUUUAUACUUUAUGGUACUUCUAUCAAGGAACAAUUCCAAAAGUUCAUGAAGAUUUAUUUAGAGGAUUAGCAAAGAAAUAUAAUGGAAAAUUCAUAUUCUUCUCAUUUAAUAAAGUAAUUUCUGAAGACCAAGUUAAACAUAUGCAUCAUACUGGUAAUGUUUAUCCAGUAAUUUCUGUUAUUCAUACAAAUAAGAGAAAUAUGUAUGUUAUGGAUGAAGAGGCUACAAUUGAUGAAGAAACAAUCAAUAAGUACAUUGAAAGUAUUCUUAAUGGAACUGCUCAAUUAUAUUAUCAAUUAUCUGAUCCAAUUAAACCAGAAGAUCAAAAAGAUGUUUUUAAAUUAACUGGUCACAAUUUCAAUGAAUUUGUAACAACUAAAGGUAAAGAUAGUCUUAUAAUCUUCUGUGUUGAAAGAGCUGAUAUGUGUAAGUAUUUCUUAACAACACCACUUGCUAAAGUUGCUAAGAGAAUGCAAGGAAUUGAUACAUUCCAAAUGGCAUGGAUUGAUGCAUCUACUGAUGACGUUUCACCAGAAUGGAAUUUGAAUAUUAUUCCAAAGAUCUAUUUAGUCAGUGAAAAGGAUGGAGAAACAAAGAAGGUUGAGAUGAAUGAAAUGCCAAGUGAAGAAAAUACUAUGAAAUUUAUUAUGGAAAAUGCUUUAUUUAAAUUUGAAAUGCCAGCUCCUUUACCAGAAGAAAAGAAGGAAGAAGAAGUUCCAGAAAGUGAUUCUGAUAGUGAAGAAGCUGAAAAACCAAAAGAAAAGAAAGAGUUAUAA